CAACACCACUACCACCACGCACUACUUACGUAGAUGUACAACUAGGUAAUAUACGCCGCUACCGCGUUGAAUAAAGUUGCGACUCGCAAUUUAACGGCGUAACAGUCAAGAAGCGAGAGUGAUCGAACCGAUUGAUAAUAAAAAAAAAAAAUUGAAAUAUUUUCUAUUAUUCAUUUUACCUAAUGAGUAAUGAUAAUCGACGAAUGAUGAACAAUCGGGGGUGGCGCGAAUAAUGUCCGAAAUUUAUAUCUCGGACGCUCGCGGUAACUUUCCACUUCUAGAAAGUGCCUGGAAAUUUAUAUUUCUUCAAAGUACUUACGAGGGAGCGCCGCGUAGCGGUAGUCAGUACAGUACCUACCUAGUACCUACUCGUUUCGAAACACUGAAAGUUUGAGAUAAAAAGGAUAGCGUAACAAACCGACGUAGGUAACCUAGCGUAAAAACGCCCAACGUUGUAACGAUAACGAUCGGUUAAAUUUAUAAGUUGUAGUCGACGAAUUAAAUACCUAUCUACUCGUAUUUUUUUCAAAUUGAGCAGCGACUACCUCAUCCCCAUUUUUUAAAACAAAAAAUACCUCGAAAAUAAUCGUUGAGGCAUUUUCAAAACUAAAUUUCAAAAGUUUGCCUUCGGGUUCCAAAAUUGAAUGUUGCAAUUUUGACGGUUUAAAAAAAAUUGCUUUCUAAAUUUUAACUUCAUUUCGGCGCCAACGUUUCGAACAAAUCCCUAUCGCGAGAUCGACUUGUUUCAACGAGCAGCGAAACCAACUUUCCGGCGUGGCGCGGACGCGGACCAACAUACCUACACCUACACCCUACACCAAACAUCGCGUCGCAUCCUUGCGCGCAUUUUUCGGCCUUAAAUUUAGCCCAAAUAUCGGCAGGUGAAUUCUUCGGUAUCGGUGCAUUUUGUGUUCUUCCUUUCGUUCCAGAAGAUGUCGGUGAUUGGUAUGGUGGGUUGGGCACUUACUUGGAAUUGGAAAGUCGUCAGAUUUUGACUAAAUUCAGCGGAGAUCUGGCGACAGAAGAGAAAAAACUACCAUUUUAUCGAAAAUGUCCCCUCUCUUUGGGAGCAGCUUCGCGGAUCUAAAAUUUUUCGCGGGUAACUUUCAACUCGAAAUGAAAAUCCCUGUUGGAUUUUUUUUUUUUUUUUUUUUGCAAUCCAUUCUGGUGUUUCUUUAUGCGAGUAGGUACGUAAAAAGUCCUACCUAUCUUCAACCUGUGCGUACGCCGCGCCGCGCCGGUGAGCGCUAAAAUGCUAAAUAGCUUCUAUCGUACACGCGUUACCUAUCAACUCGAGUCUUAAACGGCUACGGCUAGGUAUUCUUACGAUUUACGAGUGCGUAUUUGCGCAGUUUUGUGUAUUCUCAAACAACUUUGGAUCACUCGAAGGCUUAUGUGAGGGUGAGGCGAUGUGACGCGACUGCGGUUGUAUAACGUGUAAUGUAAAUGUACGUACCUAUAAAUUAGGUACCUAACAUACAAACGACUGUGUCUGUAGUACCUACAUUCAACUUUAUACAGGUAGUUGAUACAGUUUUAUUGUACCUAAUUGGUAUUUAAUUACCUGGCAACUGUUUGAAUAAUACAUAAAUGGAUUUGUACUCGUACGUAGAUACCUAGGUACCUACUGAAAGAUACAUACCUACUCGUAAUACGCGAGUAUGUAAUCGCUUAUGUCGAGCGUGUUAACAAUUAAUCAUUUGGGUUGGAAGGAAGGGAGGGAAGCAAAAAACCAAGAAAGUGGGUGAAUAGUGGACAUUGAUGUCCGAUAAGUUGCCGCGGCGAAAAGGAAGAGAAAUUUGUUUUUCCUAAUCGUCCGCGGUGUGGUGUCGCGGCGGACAGCCGCAGCUGCAUUACCAUAUUUAUCCUAAAUACGACGUACCUAAACCUAUAGCUUCACCUUCACCUAUCGCCGCAUAAUCAGGUACCUACCUACGUACAUAUUAUGUUGGUGACAUCGACCGCAAUGGUUUGCGUGCUUGCGUUCCGUUAGGCCGGGCUAUCUUUGGUCAGUUCUCACUUCUCAGUUGAGUGGAAACUGCGACUGCGAAGCUGUUUUCGCAUUCCCGUUUUCGUUUUGUUCGCGCAUCUUUCUAUCGUUUUGUUUUGCUUUUCUGCUCGAGCGCCAGACGAGAGACGACGCGACGCGACAAUGCGCGGAUACCGCAAUUACGAAUAAACCACAAUAGACAGGCGUACGGUACGAGACUACGAGUACCUCUAUAUAGGCAUUUUCAGAACGUUGUCGCCUACCUGUAGGCUGUACCUGUUGAAGCAGACGCGAGUGAAGCGAUACUCGGUAGCUAUCGAAGCUAAAAUUCAAAUCAAACUGAAAGGAGAAGCGGCGCGACGCGGCGGUAGCCUGCUGUAUUUACUUGGGACUUGAACAGCGGUGGUACACAGACACACCGAGGCGAAAUAAAAUGUUACUAAUGCGUCGAGUGCAUGUGGAAGCGGUUGCGGUGGCUCUACGUCUAGCUACAGCUACGUCGUCGUCGUUGAAAAAAUGUCGCUACCAUUCCAGCGUCAACGUAGGCCUAUGCAUACGCAUAUGGUUAGUUUUUCUCAUGUGUAGCCAGGUCGACUGCGCUCAAAUGCGUCACCACGCGGCCAAAGACAACCGUUGCCAUAUGCUGAAGAAACCCGGUUGCGACGUGUCUUUGUACAAAAUAUCGGAUUUCGAAGAAGCCGGUUGGUUUUAUCACGCGCCUUUCAAAUCGUGCCGGCCAUUCUACGCGGCGGCGGCGGCGCCAGAUAGCCGAUCAUUAUGCGCUCAAAAUCGAGAUUUACCUUUGACUAAAGAAGAAUGCGAAGAACUUUGCGGAGAGUAUUGUAAAUUACCAGACGGAACGUUGGGCGUUUGUAUGCUGGAAGGAAGUUGCAACAUUGAAAUACCCACCUCGUGGAAUCCCAGACCAUGCCGAGCGCAUAAUGUCCAAUGCUGUCCAAAAAUUAGGCGCGAAGCGUACCCUUAGCAGCAGCCGCAACAGACUACGCGUACCUAGGUGUAGGUACCUACCGUAAGAAAUUUGGCCGCCGCCAUGUCCGUCAUCGUCGAUGAAAAUAAUACCUGCCUAUUGAAAAGCCGUCAUCGUAAGAUUGGUUUCCCGCAUGUGUACAUACAUAUAUUUUUUGUAGUAGGUACCUAUCGUAAGUACAGGGUGCGCAGAAAUAUAUUUUUAACAAAAAACUUUCUUCGGGGGUAUUCGAUACUUUUGCGCACCCAGUACAAACAGUGCCUGCCUACCUACCUACUUGUAUUACUAAAAAAUUAACGUAGAAAUAUAACGAGUUGUGAACCUGACGAAAUUUUAUUGAAAUGUACCUAUUCGUUUUAACCUGAAAAUAUACGUAGAAAGUACAUACCUA